GGGGACACUGGUCCUAGUACUCUCUCUUUUUAAGUAAUGUUUCUGGUAAUGCAUUUUGGAGAAUGUGAAGAAAAAUAAAAAAUAAAAAAAUAAAAAAGCUGUAGAAAUGUUAAUGAUAUCCACAGGACACUCAGCAGGAAAUGGGAGCGAUCUGGGACUAAUAAAAGCCGAAAUGUAAUUUGUGCAGAUAUACGAGGCGCAGCCUCCAGAGUGGUCCUGGGUUUGCGCGUUUCGGGCUCAUAAACACAGGCCGGGGAGGCAGAGCGCUGUAGGAUGUCCUCGGGAGCGGGCCUUCCUCGCCACUGCCUGCCAGCCAGUGACACCCGAAUAAAAGUGACGGCUGCUGCCAGCCGGUUGCGUGCCUGCUCAUUUCCUGUGCCCGAGCAUGGGAGGGGGCCGCCCGCCCGGCAGCCUUCUCUGGAAGGUCAGGUCAGGAGGCACGGGGCCAAGCGAUGCCUCCCGCUCCUCUGGGUUGGCGUGUCACAGCAGGCACCCCCUGUAACGUUUGAUCCCAGCCGCCAGGGAUGGGAUUGAAGUGGGUCAGAAGGGCGGGCGCGUUUUUCCUUGUUGGGGUGCCUGUGAUAAAUCCAGGGAGAGGCGGGAGGGAAGGAGCAGGGCUGUGUUUGCCAGGGGCCUGCUGGCUUUGAUGGGCCCGGUGGGAAGGGGCUUGCCUUGUGGGACACUGGUCCCGUCUGCAGCCAGGGCCUUCUGUCCCCGAGUCAGGGCCGGCUGACUGCCGAGGUCAGGGGAGGUGGGCCUGGGCCGUGCUAACAGGGCUCCCGGGGGCUUCUGGCAGCCCCAGACUGGCCCUGCUCAGCCGGAUGGAGCCCCUCCCCGGGCCCCAGCACUGAGAAAGGAAUCUGAGUGGGAUCCAGGGGAAGAGCUGAGGAGUGAGCUGGACCUCCUGGGGGAGCCCCCAUCCCCCACUCCUCAUCACUCUCUCUCCUCGUUCUCACAUCUGCGCACAUCCGUCCGUCCGUCCAUCUCUCCUCUGUGUCUCUUUUUCAUCUCUGGUCCCUCCUAUAACUCUGGGAGCUUGUGGCCCCCGGCAGGCCACCCCUUCCUCUUUCGGUGUUGGGAAUGAACGGCUGGGAACUGGAAAGUCCCUGGUGCCCCUCUGGGGGCCUGGGCCUUUCUGUCUGCCUCUUGGCUCACCCACCAGCGGCACAGUUGUGGGUUAAAUCCUGACCCCCCCUGGGCCUCUGGCUGAACGCCGGACUCCUUGAUGUGAUUUCUCUUGAGCCUGGAACGUUCCUUGCUCCUGUCUCCAUCCCUCCCUCCUUUGAGGGUCUGCUGGGGUGACCCGGCCCCCGGUCAGUUAGGGGCACCGUUAGCCUGGAUGCUUUGGGCCAGCCUGUGUUUGUGACUCCGGUUGGUCUGCCCUGAAGGGCCCACUCCUUCUCUGGGGUCAUUUCCUGAUCCAAGAUCCUGCUUUGGGGCUGGUUAGACCUCACCAGGGGCGCGAGCCCCUAAAAUAGUAACCAGAUGGGCUCUUGGCCUGGUGUGCCCUGAUCCUGACCCUGUAGAGUCGGAGACGGGAGGGGCCGACCAGGAGGGCUGGGGCUGCGUCACACCCAGCUGUGGGGCGCUCCUCCGUGGCCAAGGGACUGCGGCUGUGUCCCCCAUUAGCAUGCACUCCCUCACUCUGGGCCACGUAAUCUGUUUACGCACCUAUGAUAUCAAAAACAGGAGGCAGGUGCCGCUGUCCUGCGUUACUGGGAGUCAGAGAAGGGGACGUUUUAUGCCUACAAUGGCUCCACAGCCCCUAAUCGACGUCUGCUAGAAGGAACAGACAGAUUCCAGAUGGCAUGGCAGUGAUAGAGGAGAUAACCAGCCCGAGUCAUGCAGUCUUUUCGAGAAAGGUGUGGUUUCCAUGGCAAACAACAGAACUACCAGCAGACCUCACAGGAGACAUCUCGCCUGGAGAAUUACAGACAGCCGAGCCAGGCCGGGCUGAGCUGUGACCGGCAGCGGCUGCUGGCCAAGGACUAUUAUAACCCGCAGCCGUACCCGGGCUACGAGGGCAGCGCAGGCUCGGCCGCCGCCGCGGCCACCGCGCGGGGCAGCAAGGGACUCCCCUCCCAGCAGUCCCUGCAGGGCAGGCCGGCCUUCUCGGGCUACAGCGUGCAGGACAGCAGCCCGUACCCCGGCCGCUACUCGGGUGAGGAGAGCCUGCAGGCUUGGGGGGCCCCCCAGCCGCCGCCCCCCCAGCCGCAGCCCCUGCCAGGGGGGGUGGGCAAAUAUGAGGACAACUUGAUGAAAAAGGCCGCGGUGCCCCCCGGCAGGCAGUACCCAGAGCAGGGCGCCCAGCUGCCCUUUCGGACUCACUCCCUGCACGUCCAGCAGCAGCUGCCGCAGCCCCAGCAGCCCCUGGCGUACCCCAAACUCCAAAGGCAGAAGCUGCAGAACGACAUGGCCUCACCUCUGCCCUUCCCCCAGGGCGGCCACUUCCCCCAGCACACGCAGUCCUUCCCCGCCUCCUCCACCUACUCCUCCCCGGGCCAGGGCGGCGGCGGCGGGCAGGGCGCCCACUCCUACAAGAGCUGCACCGCACCGUCCGCCCAGCCCCACGACAGGCCGCUGACCGCCACCGCCAGCCUGGCCCCGGGGCAGCGGGUCCAGAACCUUCACGCCUACCAGUCCGGCCGCCUCAGCUACGACCAACAGAAGCAGCAGCAGCAGCAGCAGCAGCAGCAGCAGCAGGCCCUUCAGAGCCGGCACCACGCCCAGGAAACCCUCCACUACCAAAACCUCGCCAAGUACCAACACUACGGGCAGCAAGGCCCUGGCUACUGCCAGCCGGACGCGGCCGUCAGGACUCCGGAGCAGUACUAUCAGACCUUCAGCCCCAGCUCCAGCCACUCACCCGCACGCUCCGUGGGCCGCUCCCCUUCCUACAGCUCCACCCCGUCGCCCCUGAUGCCCAACCUGGAGAACUUCCCCUACAACCAGCAGGCGCUCGGCACCGGGGCCUUCCCCGCCGGCAUCGCCGACCACAGCCACUUCAUGCCCCUGCUCAACCCCUCCCCGACCGACGCCGCCGGCUCGGUAGACAGCCAGGCUGGCAACUGCAAGCCGCUGCAGAAGGACAAGCUGCCUGAGAACCUGCUGUCGGACCUCAGCCUGCAGAGCCUCACGGCCCUGACCUCGCAGGUGGAGAACAUCUCCAACACGGUCCAGCAGCUGCUGCUCUCCAAGGCGGCCGUGCCGCAGAAGAAGGGCGUCAAGAACCUGGUGUCCAGGACCCCGGAACAGCACAAAAGCCAGCACUGCAGCCCCGAGGGCAGCGGCUACUCGGCCGAGCCGGCAGGCACGCCGCUGUCCGAGCCGCUGAGCAGCACGCCGCAGUCCACGCACGCCGAGCCGCCCGAGGCCGACUACCUGAGCGGCUCCGAGGAUCCGCUGGAGCGCAGCUUCCUCUACUGCAGCCAGGCCCGGGGCAGCCCCGCCAGGGUCAACAGCAACUCGAAGGCCAAGCCCGAGUCCGUGUCGACCUGCUCCGUGACGUCGCCCGACGACAUGUCCACCAAGUCCGAUGACUCCUUCCAGAGUCUGCACAGCAGCCUGCCGCUCGACAGCUUCUCCAAGUUCGUGGCGGGCGAGCGGGACUGCCCGCGGCUGCUGCUCAGCGCCCUGGCGCAGGAGGACCUGGCGUCCGAGAUCCUGGGGCUGCAGGAGGCCAUCGGCGAGAAGGCCGACAAGGCCUGGGCCGAGCCGCCCGGCCUGGCCAAGGACGCUGGCAAGCCCCCCUUCUCGCUGGAGAACCACAGCGCCUGCCUGGACUCCGUGGCCAAGAACGCGUGGCCGCGGCCAGGGGAGCCGGAGGCCCUGCCCGAGUCCUUGCAGCUGGACAAGGGUGGCAGCGCCAAGGACUUCAGCCCGGGGCUGUUUGAAGACCCCUCUGUGGGCUUCGCCACCCCUGACCCCAAGAAGACGGCCGGUCCCCUCUCCUUCAGCAGCAAGCCCACCCUGGGGGCCGCGGUGUCGGACCCUGCCGCCGCGGCUUUUGACUGCUUCCCGGACACGACCGCCGCCGGCUCCGCGGACGGCGCCAACCCCUUUGCCUGGCCCGAGGAAAACCUGGGGGACGCCUGUCCCCGGUGGGGCCUCCACCCCAGUGAGCUCACCAAGGGCCUGGAGCAGGGCGGGAAGGCCUCAGAUGGCGUGGGCAAGGAGAACGCCCACGAGGCUUCGGCCUGCCCGGUCUUCCAGGAGGAGGAGCCCCCCGGGGAGAAGGCCACGGUGCCUCGGGACUCCGAGCAGGAGGAGGCGGGUGGGGUGAAGGAGGAGGUGGGCGGGCUGCUGCAGUGCCCCGAGGUGGGCAAGGCCGACAGGUGGCUGGAGGAGGGCCGGCACUGCUGCUCAGCGGCCGACUUCGGGGACCUCCCCCUGCUGCCACCCACCGGGAGGAAAGAAGACCUGGAGGCCGAGGAGGAGUACUCCUCGCUGUGCGAGCUCCUGGGCAGCCCCGAGCAGAGGCCCGGCAUGCAGGACCCGCUGUCGCCGAAGGCCCCGCUGAUGUGCACCAAGGAGGAGGUGGAGGGGGUGCUGGACGCCAAGGCCGGCUGGGGCUCCCCGUGCCACCUCUCCGGGGAGUCUGUCAUCUUGCUGGGCCCGACCGUGGGCGCGGAGUCGAAGGUCCAGAGUUGGUUCGAGUCCUCCCUGUCCCACAUGAAGCCAGGCGAAGAAGGACCCGACGGGGCGCUGGCUCCAGGGGACUCCGCCACCCUGGCCCCGGACGCCUCCCUGGCCCAGAAGCCGAACAAGCCCGCUGUGCCCGAGGCUCCCAUUGCCAAGAAAGAGCCUGUGCCGCGCGGCAAAAGUUUACGGAGCCGGCGGGUGCACCGGGGGCUGCCCGAGGCCGAGGACUCCCCGUGCAGGGCACCUGUGCUGCCCAAAGACCUCCUGCUCCCCGAAUCCUGCACGGGGCCCCCCCAGGGACAGAUGGAAGGAGCAGGGGCCCCGGGUCGGGGGGCCUCAGAAGGGCUCCCCAGGAUGUGCACACGCUCCUUCACGGCCCUCAGUGAGCCCCGCACACCUGGACCCCCGGGCCUCACCACCACCCCCGCGCCCCCAGACAAACUGGGGGGCAAGCAGCGAGCCGCCUUCAAGUCUGGCAAGCGGGUGGGCAAGCCGUCACCCAAGGCGGCAUCCAGCCCCAGUAACCCGGCCGCCCUGCCCGUGGCCUCCGACAGCAGCCCCAUGGGCUCCAAGACCAAGGAAACAGACUCGCCCGGCACCCCGGGCAAGGACCAGCGCUCCAUGAUCCUGCGGUCCCGCACGAAAACCCAGGAAGUGUUCCACUCCAAGAGACGGCGGCCCUCAGAGAGCCGGCUCCCCAACUGCCGUGCCACCAAGAAGCUCCUCGCCAACAACCACCUGCCCGCCACGUUCAAGGUCGCCGGCAGCCCCCAGAAGGAGGGCAGGGCCAGCCAGCGGGCGAGGGUCCCCAAGCCCGGGGCAGGCAGCAAGCUCUCCGAUCGGCCCCUCCACUCACUCAAAAGGAAGUCCGCCUUCAUGGCGCCUGUCCCCACCAAGAAGCGGAACCUGGUUUUGCGUAGCGGCGGUGGGGGGGACGUGAAGGAGGAGGGAGCCGAGGACUCCUCCACCCUCUUCAAGAGGAUGUCUUCCCCCAAGAAGGCCAAGCCCACCAAGGGCAACGGUGAGCCCGCCGUGAAGCCCCCGCCCCCGGAGACCCCGGAUGCCUGCCUGAAGCUCGCCUCGCGGGCGGCCUUCCAGGGGGCCAUGAAGACCAAGGUGCUGCCGCCCCGGAAAGGCCGGGGCCUGAAGUUGGAGGCCAUCGUGCAGAAGAUCACCUCGCCCAGCCUGAAGAAGUUUGCGUGCAAAACGCCAGGGGCCCCUCCUGGUAAUCCUCUGAGCCCAUCUCUCCCUGAGAAGGACCGAGGGCUCAAGAGCGCCGGGGGCAGCCCGGUUGGGGCAGGCGAAGGUCUCUUAAACGUGGGCACCGGGCAGAAGCUCCCAGCAGCUUCGGGGGCCGACCCGUUAUGCAGAAAUCCGACCAACAGAUCCUUAAAAGGCAAACUCCUGAACAGUAAGAAACUGUCCUCGACUGACUGUUUCAAAACUGAGGCCUUCACGUCCCCGGAGGCCCUGUUGCCCGGGGGGACUGCCCUGGCGCCUAAGAAGAGAAGCCGGAAAGGCAGGGCCGGAGCCCUCGGACUCCCUAAAGGUCCCCUGGAGAAGCGGCCCCACCUAGGCCCGGCUCUGCUCCUGACUCCCCGAGACAGGGCCAAUGGCACUCAGGGGGGCGGUGAGGACAGCUCUGGUGGAGGAGGCAAGAAGCCAAAGACGGAGGAGCUGGGCCUGGCCUCCCAGUCCCCUGAGGGCCGGCCCUGCCAGCCCCAGACAAGGGCGCAGAAGCAGCCGGGCCAUGCCAACUACAGCAGCUAUUCCAAGCGAAAGCGCCUCACUCGGGGCCGGGCCAAGAACACCACCUCCUCCCCCUGUAAGGGGCGUGCCAAGCGGCGGCGGCAGCAGCAGGUGCUGCCCCUGGAUCCUGCAGAGCCUGAAAUCCGCCUCAAGUACAUUUCCUCCUGCAAGCGGCUUCGAGCAGACAGCCGCACCCCGGCCUUCUCGCCCUUUGUGCGGGUGGAGAAGAGAGACGCGUUCACCACCAUAUGCACUGUUGUCAACUCCCCGGGGGAGGAGCCCAAGCCCCACAGGAAGCCUUCCUCCUCUGCCUCCUCUUCCUCAUCCUCGUGCUCAUUCUCCUUGGAUGCGACCGGGGCCUCCCUGGCCACGCUCCCUGGAGGCUCUGUCCUGCAGCCACGCCCCUCCCUGCCCCUGUCCUCCACCAUGCAUCUGGGGCCCGUGGUUUCCAAGGCCCUGAGUACCUCUUGCCUUGUUUGCUGCCUCUGCCAAAACCCGGCCAACUUCAAGGACCUCGGGGACCUCUGUGGGCCCUACUACCCCGAACACUGCCUCCCCAAAAAGAAGCCAAAACUCAAGGAGAAGGUGCGGCCGGAGGGCACCUGUGGGGAGGCCUCGCCGCCCCUCGAGAGAACACUCAAAGACCUUGAAUGUGCAGCUGCCGCUGCCCCUGGAAAAGCCCCGAGGCCCGACGGCCCGGCCGACCCCGCCAAGCAGGGCUCCCUGCGCACCAGCGCCCGGGGCCUGUCCCGGCGGCUGCAGAGCUGUUACUGCUGCGACGGUCGGGGGGAUGGGGGCGAGGAGGUGGCCCCAGCUGACAAGAGCCGCAAGCAUGAGUGCAGCAAGGAGCCGCCGGCAGAGCCUGGCGGGGACACCCAGGAGCACUGGGUGCACGAGGCCUGCGCCGUGUGGACGGGCGGGGUCUACCUGGUAGCCGGGAAGCUCUUUGGGCUGCAGGAGGCCAUGAAGGUGGCCGUGGACAUGACCUGUUCCAGCUGCCAAGAAGCCGGGGCCACCAUCGGGUGCUGUCACAAGGGAUGCACCCACACCUACCAUUACCCGUGUGCCAGCGAUGCGGGUUGCAUAUUCAUCGAAGAGAACUUUUCUUUGAAGUGUCCCAAACAUAAGAGGCUGCCGUUGUAAUCCACCCCAACGGCGGGAGAAGCCGCCGAAGCCCGCCUGCCCGCCCGCCGCCGAAGGAGAGGAGCCGCCUGCGCAGCCCCCGGGCCUUUGAGCUGCUCCCAGCGCGGGUCCAGAGCCGAUCCUUGAUCCGGAUUCCGGAUCUUGGAUCUGGCCCCUAGGGCUGAAACUUGCGGUCCCGGGUUGGGAAGAAAACACGUUCCGGAGCCGCCUGCUUCCGGAACAAGACAACACUGGGCGUUCCCGCCCGCACCCCCCCGGGCCCGGCUUGGAGAGAGGGAGCCCGUGGAGCGGCCAGACUCCUUGAGGCACCCAGGUUCCGGCGGGGAUUGGAGACCCCUUUAGCCUGGGGACACGCUUCUCCCCUGGUAGUUCCAAGACGACGUGGCACACAUUCCACGUGGGUGCUGCCGCCACCGCAGCCGGUCGCGGCUUGCAGCUGGGCGCCCUGGGGGUGGGAGUGGGGGUCCAAAGGGCCCAGGAAGUGGCCAAGGGCGGCUCCGGGCUCCGAGGCCGGGUGGGGUGGGGAGGGAGCCGAAACCUUUCCGGAGAGGACUAGGCCGGCGGGGGAGGAGGCCGGAGGCUUUGGAAGGAACCUUUCGAAUUGCGUCCUAGAGCCCUUCCCACCCACCCAGCCUUGGCCAAAACUUUUCGUGCGGUUUGGGCAGAGCCAGGGGAGUCCGGGGCCCAUGCUCAGGGGAUGCGGGCUCCCCGGGUGUGGGUGGGACUGGGGCACCCCUUUGGCUUCUGUUCGUCCCCUUUCCAGCCCUCUGCCCCACCCCUGGAGCGCGACCUGGGAACGCAAAGGAAAGGAGUGGUGACCAGAGCGCACCUCCGGGCGAAUGCGUGAUCGUCCCUCUGCACGACCACCCGUCUCCAGGGACAGCAGCGCCCACUCGGCAAGGGAGCAGAGACAGCGCUAGAUUCGUGUACAAACCUGUGUACCCCUCUAUAUAUAUGUUACAUAGAAUGUAUAUAUGUUGGGAACAUGCUCGCUUCUCCCGUGUGUCGCCGCCGCCCUGCGUCGUGCGUCCCUCAGCACGGGGCCCUUGCCAGGAAGGGGGCUACGGCGACGCCCCCCUUCCCCGCGCAGCCACCACCGGCCCAAGCCAGUCCCCGCCAGUCCGUCCGCCUGUCCGUCCGUGUCCUCAGCUCUGUCCACGCUUCGAUAGGCCUGAUGCAGCCCCCACACUGGGGCCGCCCUAGCAACUUCCUGUACAUAUGACUGUAAAAUGGUAAACGUGUGUAUUAUAUCUGGCCUCGUUAUAUAGUGUAUAUAUAUGUAUACAUAUACAUAUAUAUAAUAUAUAUGAAGACUGUAAAUGUUAAGACGACUAGUGUUCUUAUUAGUAUAUUGCUUCACACUGAAGAUUGUGUGUAUCGAGCUGUUUCUAAAAGAUGUUUAUUUUCCUUAAGAGUAAAAAACAGUCAUUGCAUUCAGAAAAAAAAAAAGUCAAUAAAGAUACAACGAUUGUUUUGGAA